AUCCGCCACCGCCACCGCGACUCUGCGACACGUCUUGUUGGUCUGCGACCUUCGCGCCACGCAACCUACAACCCAUAACGUCUCGACCAUCCCCUCCCAUAUAUCUGUAUCUCGGUAGAGGGGACUGAGAUUCACUAUGCGGGCUUUUAGCUCGUUGCUCCUGCUUGCCAUUCUCCCGACUUCACUUGCUGUGAAGUCGCAGGACUUCAAGACAUGCUCUCAGGCUGGAUUCUGCCGGAGGGGGCGCGCUCUUUCUGCCAGGGCACAAGAAAGCCAGUCGUGGAGGUCGCCCUACUCGGUGGACCCCUCUAGCAUCGCAGUGUCUCCGGAGCAGGCCUCGUUCGUAGCGGCGGUGAAGUCAUCCCUGUACCCCGACGUCAAGUUCUCACUAGACGUGCGCGUUCACGAUGAUGGUGUCGUGCGUGUGCGCAUGGACGAGGUAGACGGCCUGAGGAAGCGAUACGACGAGGCCGCGUCCUGGGCACUCAUCGCUGAACCUACCAUCAGCCCCGACGUCAAGUGGGCCGUGGGCAAGAAGGAACUCCGCGCGACGUAUGGCCCAAAGAAAGAUAUCGAGGUCGUGGUGUCGUAUGACCCCCUCACUGUUACGCUUUACCGGGGCGGGAAGCCUCAGGUAGUGCUCAAUGGGCGCGGUCUCCUGCACAUGGAACACUUCCGGACAAAGGCCGCGAGUGAGGAGAAGGCGCCAGUGGAGGCUCCAGCGGAAGACUCGCAGGUUGUCAUGCAGGUGAACAACCGGGCAUGGUUCGAGGGCGAAGAGGAGGACGGCUUCUGGGAGGAGAAGUUCGGUUCGUGGACGGAUUCCAAGCCAAAGGGUCCGGAAUCCCUGUUCAUUGACAUCACUUUCCCCAAACAUGGGCACGUCUACGGAAUCCCGCAGCACGCAACCAACCUGGACCUACCAACUACUACCGGCGACGACGCGCAUUUCUCCGACCCCUACCGACUGUUCAAUGCGGACGUGUUCGAGUACAACGCAGACUCACCCAUGUCACUUUACGGCUCUAUUCCCUUCAUGCACGCACACUCCACUGAGAGCACCGUUGCGAUCUUCAACGCGGUCGCCUCGGAGUCAUGGAUCGACAUCGGUCACUCAUCCGCGACUUCGACCGAGACACACUGGAUGUCCGAGUCCGGCAUCCUCGACGUCUUUAUCAUGCCCGGGCCCACGCCCACAGAUGUCUUCGCACAAUACUCUCGUUUAACGGGCGCGCCCGCACUCCCCGCCCAUUGGGCGCUCGCGUACCACCAGUGCCGGUGGAACUACAUCAGUUCGGAUGAUGUGCGCGAGGUGCAGAAGCGGUUCGACGAGGAAGAUAUGCCUGUUGACGUAUUUUGGCUCGACAUCGAAUACGCGGAAGAGCACAAGUAUUUCAUCUGGGACAAGAAAACUUUCCCGGAUCCUGUGGACAUGUCGCAUGACGUCGAAGCGAUCGGUCGCAAGAUGGUGGUCAUCAUCGACCCGCACUUGAAGCGCACAGAGGACUACCCUGUCUACAAGGAAGCGAAGGACCUGGAUGUCCUUGUCAAGACACCAGGCGGCGAGAAUAAUUAUGAGGGCUGGUGCUGGAGUGGUAGCAGUGCGUGGAUCGAUUUCUUCAACCCCGGCUCUUGGGAUUGGUGGACGUCUCUCUUCAAGACCGAACCAGGUGAGACGUGGUCGUGGACCGAGAGCACCGUAGACACGUACAUUUGGAAUGAUAUGAACGAGCCUUCGAUUUUCAACGGCCCUGAAAUCAGUAUGCCUCGCGAUAAUAUUCACCACGGUGGCUGGGAGCACCGUGACGUCCACAACAUCAAUGGAAUGCUAUUGCACAACCUCACGGCGCAAGCCGUCAUGAUGCGCACGGAUCCACCGAGACGUCCCUUUGUCUUGACACGUUCUUUCUACGCCGGGUCCCAGCGGUUCGGUGCUAUGUGGACAGGCGAUAACCUCGGUACCUGGGAGCAUAUGACCGCUGGUGUCAAGAUGGUCCUUGCUAAUAACGUCGGAGGCUUCAGCUUUGCCGGAUCGGACGUCGGCGGCUUCUUCGGGAACCCUGAGCCGGAGAUGCUGGUGCGCUGGUACGGUGUCGGGAUCUUCUCUCCCUUCUUCCGUGCGCAUGCGCACAUCGACACGAAACGUCGGGAGCCGUACUUGCUCGACGAGCCGUACAAGAGCAUCCUCAGAUCGUUCCUCCGCCUGCGGUACAGCCUGCUGCCUGUGUGGUACACCGCCUUCAGGGAGACGAGCGUGACUGGCCUGCCUGUGCUCCGCCCGCACUGGGUGAUGUUCCCGAAGGACGAGGGAGGCUUCUCGCUCGACGACCAGUACUUUGUGGGCAGCAGUGGCUUGCUUGUCAAACCCAUCACGCAGAAGGGAGUGACGGAGACAUCUGUCUAUUUGCCGGAAGAUCAGGUCUACUACGACUACUUCACCUACGAGGCGUACCGGGGAGCGCCGAAGGGCAAGAGUGUCACUGUCCCCGCUGCGUUGGACAAAGUACCUUUCCUAAUCCGUGGGGGGUCCAUCGUACCCACGCGCGAGCGUCCACGGCGGUCCUCGGUUCUCAUGAAGCACGACCCAUUCACGUUGCGCGUGGCCCUCGACACAAAGGGCACAGCCAAGGGCGAGCUGUAUUUGGACGACGGCGAGACAUUCUCCCACCGUGACGGCAAGUUCAUUUGGCGCGAAUUCGUCGCGGGCAAGCAGAACAAGGGCCUCCUUAUCCGGAGCACCGACCUUGCUGCGCAGAAGCCUGGAGAAGCCGUGAACGGUGUUGCACUGCCCACCUACAACGGCGCUAAUGAAUUCGCGAACGACAUGGCCACAGUGAGGGUCGAGAGGGUGGUCGUGUUCGGCCUCAGCGCGAAGCCGAAGAGCGUGCAGGGUGGCGGAAAAGAGCUGCAUUGGGAGUACACGCCUGGUGUCGCCUCCAACACAAAGAAGCAGGGGACGGCGAGCGUACUGGUCAUCAAGGAUCCGGGCGUUGGUGUCAGCAGCGACUGGGAGAUCGUCGUCCAGGUGUGAUGCUCUAGACUGCCUGCCUUCCAUUGUCCGACGCAAUAUCUUGUAUUUCACUUGCCUAUUCUAGACGCUUUAUGCCAGAUUCCAUGACGACCGGCGGUGUGUCUUCACUUUCGAACUGCCUCAAACAAACGGACAAUGGUAAGUACGGCGCGCGCCCCGGCUUAUUACCUCAGAAUGCGAUGACGCCUCGAGGCUCUUGCAUCGCCGGACCGACUCGAGGCCUUGAACGUUCAGGCAUUUCCCGUGUGGCCGCCGCGGGUGCAACCGAAGUGAGGUCUGUGGCUCAGUGGCCAAGUCGCGCGGGAUACGUAUAAAAGUGCGACUGCCAGCCUCGCUUUGACCUCAGCGCCUCAGCAACGGUGGUC